AUGAGUGAUAAAGUUAAUGAAAUAAAAGAAAAUGUCAAAUCUGCAAUGCCAUCGGCUCCGGCUCAAGUUCAACAACCACCCGAUGUAUCUCUUCCCGAGAAAAUUGCUUCUCCUAUGUCCACUAUAAGCGCUCAUUAUGAUCCAUAUCCUCAUUAUUUUAUGUCUGCUGCUUCAUUUGUUGGAGCGGGAUAUGCUUAUCAAUCUAUGAAACAACCAAAAACUGCUGCUAUAGCUGCUAUUAUUGGAGCUGCUUAUGGUGCCGCAGGUAUUCAAAGUGGGGAUACGGCGUUGCUUCUCGUAAUGGCGUCUGUCGCUCUUAUUGCAACGUCUGGUCCUGCAGCGUGGGCAGCCAAAGAUCCUUAUCACUCUUAUCACGUUGCUUUAGCAAGUUUGGGAAGUGUUAGUACCGCAGCAAAUAUAAUGAAUGUUUAUAAAUUAGAAACGGGAAAACCAAGAGAAAUGGAAGUUAAAGCGGAAGUUAAAAAAUAG